AUGCCUCCUCGAAAGAAGCAGCGGACAGACAGCGGUGCGCUUCCCGUAGCAGCGGUGCCCCGCCGCACAACGAGGGCAUCAGCCAAAGCCGCUCAAGCAGGCAUCGUCGCUGGGGCUCCGUGUGCGGUCACAAACACGAAAGAGAAGACCAAGGCAGCCGCGCCGAUCCGAGGCAAACGUGUCGUUCAGAAAGGCCGUCUGCAAACUCUCCCCGACCUCGCCGUAGAGGUCCAAUUAGAGAUAUACAACUAUCUCGACUUAGAAGACCUGUUUAAUCUGGCACGGACUUGCAAGAAGUUUCGCACCUUCUUUCUGGACAAGACAUCCGAGAAGAAGCUAUGGGUACCUGCGCGUGCGAACACGCCUGAUGUCCCUGAGCGACCGUCGUCUAUGAGCGAGUACUCGUUCGCGCAUCCGCUGUACUCGCCACACUGUCACAACUGCGGCAGGUCUAAUGUUCGCAGAAUCUUGGAUAACUGCCUCAUCCGCCUAUGUGCGACUUGUUUACGAGAACAAGCGAUAUGGUACCAGGAUGCAUAUGUGCAAGUAAGGUCCAGAAAUGAGACGCUAGCCCGGACGCUGUUUAGCCUCCAGACGAUUCGCUACUAUUUUCCCGUACAAAGCUACUCAUGGUCAGGCCGAUCCGAGCCAAAGUUCAACCACGUAUUGAAAUCACAUCUGGACCGCAUUCUCAAGCAGAUCAAGGCACUCCCGACCCCUAUAACCAAUGAGGCCUUGAGCACAUUUCUUGAUAAAGCAAAGGAGUAUUAUUACGAAUCUCGCCUCCCAUACGCUGAGGCCGUGUCGCUCUGGAUGGACAAACAAGAUGAGAAGAGGCGAACUCUUCUGGAGGACGCAAGGAAGCAGCGUUUCGAAGCCAUCCUCGACAGACUACGUGAUGCUGGCUGGGGAAAGGAGCUCGAUUUCAUGGGCGCAGAGGGUAUCGAGACCAUGUCAGAUAUGCCCGUCGUCCGGCAGUCGACCAAGCUUACCAACGGGGCGUGGCUGAAGGUGCAAACAGUACUCGAUCGCUUCCUGAGUGACACACGGGCGAAACGUCUCGACGAGGAGCUUCGAACGGCGCUUCGUGCACGCUUUGAUAUGCUCGAAGAAGUCAUCACGGCACACUACGUGACCCUCCCGCGCACUGCACGCAUGGAGUUCCGCCCGCAAUACAUCGACUUCGCGCUCACGCCCGAGUGCCGCGCGAUCGCAGACGUGCCCACAUCCGAGACGGUCACCGCGGACCAGUUCGCCGCCGUCGUCCCCGCACUCGCCAAACAGUGGCACGCAGACCGGAGGGCGGAGUUCACGGCAUACCUGCUCCCGCAUCUGGGAGACAUCGCACCCGACGUGGACCCGCUCACGCUCGCGAUCUCGGUCUUUCGGGAUAACCGGUCGUGUUACGGGCCGUUCGGGCUCAUGCGGUACCCCGCCGUCCUCGCGCACAACUGCGGCUGCGACAACUGCUUCCGCACCGACCACAGCCGCACGACGGAGGAGUACUUCGCGGACGACCUGUACACGCGCACGACAAAGUCCCUGGGUUGGACGGAGGCGGAGUUCAGCACGCUCCAGUACGUAGACGAGUACGCCGACACGCACGUCCCGUUCAACCUCGGGUCGCUGGCGGGCCCGGAGGAGGCCCGUGAGGUGAUCGACAUCGUGCGGCGGGUCGUCGCGGCGCUCGGGCUGGACCCGGCGCGCGCGACGGCUGACGAGCUCGAGCGGUGCGGGGUGUGGCUGCGGUGUACCUCGUGCGAGACGCGCUCGCCGAAGGAUGAGAUCGAGGCGAUGUCGUGGAGCGCCGCGUAUCGCCACGAACGUUUCCACAUGCAGUGGGAUGGGGCCAGGAGACGGGCCCCUGUGUGGCGCCAUGCAGAUGACGAGGAUAUGGCAAAGCUGCGCGCGCUCCAUGCGACGCAGGCCGAGCAGGCAUAUGCGGACUAUUUUCUGUGGUCGUGCUCGCUCUGCCCCAGGUUUGACGCGCGUCCGGCAGCUAUGACGGCACACCUCGAGGAAGCGCAUGCUAUCUUAGAUCCCGCCCAGGCAAGACGGGAUGGGGUUGUCUACUUGUAUCCAUCUUUGGAGAGGUCAGAAGUGUUUGCGGACGAGAUCAGCCUUCGCGCACGCAUCGACCGGCGCGCCCUGGGUAGCUGAUCUAUUUCUGAAUCCGGCAUUUCGUUACCGUUGAUCCUACAUACGUCUCCUGCAGUACAUACCCUCUAGUGUAGCAGUAUCUUUGUAUUUUGUGCACGAGUAAAGAAUGAAAGUACCUUCUCG